AUGUCUAACAAUCAGAAUGAAGACUUCACCUACAAGAGUCACGAAGUCAACAACAUUGGCAACCACUAUUGCUCCCGUGAUUAUGGCAGCGGCGCCUCCAACUCCAACUCUUACCACUACUCCAACACGGACGGCUCAUACUACUAUUCCAACCCCAACGGUAGCAGCUACCACAACAAUGGCCAGGGUGGGAGCACUUACACGUCGUCCAGCGGCCAGAGCUCGUCUUCUGGCUAUGGUAAAAAGUGA